AUGAAAGCUCUUUCUAAAGCCAAACUCCGUCACUCCCAAAAGCAACAACAAGAAGAGCGAUCAGCCCUUUCGAGUCGCAAUUCACCAACACCACCUCUUCCUCCCUCUCGGGCGAACCUCUCAACUCAUUCGCAUCAUCAUGAGACUCCAUCGCUCAGUGAUCAUAAUAUUACUCAUUAUAUUCAUCAUAAGGAGGAGUAUACGAAUGGUUGUGAUGAUGAUGAAUACAUUUUCAACAAGACUUCAUCUUCCAAUGUUGUAGAUGUGCGCUUGUUGAAAUAUGAAAGAAAUUUACUUCUCCUCACACUACUCAAUACUCAUCGACAUUUAAUUGUUGAUCAUCCUAAUGAUAAUAUCAACAACAACAACAACAACAGUAUGGAUGAUACGAAUAGCAGUAGUUCAAGUGAUCAUCCUCCUUCUGACAUCAUGACCCAUCACAUUCAUUCCUAUUUACAAUCUCUUCAAUCCAAUUCGGACAAUAUGGAUUUCAUCAUUCAUUCAAAUCUCAGUAGAAUCACCAAUGUGUCCUCUCUUGUGCAAUGCAUUCUCAACAAACAAUCAUUGAUGGAUUUGAGUGAAUUUCAUUUACUAUACUUACCUUCUGCUGAGAAGAACGAAACACAAAAGGAGUCCUCAAGAAUGAAGAUCAGCACCACGAAUAGUAUGAAGACCACAAGUACUACGACCCAACUCUCCACACCAACAACAACACCACCAACAACAACAACACCAUCCACACCACCACCACCAACCAUCACCAAAUUAGAUUUGUCAAAUCCCAUCCCAAGCUUUUCAAUCACCUCAGUCACUCCUCCUCCUCCUAAACAACAACAAGACUAUGAAGAUCGUUCCACUACUGCCAAUUAUAAUAUUAGUACCACCAUCAAUUCAUCCUCUUCUCCAACAAUAGUAGAGACUGCUACUAUGGAGGAGGCGAUCACCACCACAAAUACCACCACAAAUACCAUCAUCACCACAAAUACCACCACAAAACCCUCACAACAACCACCUUCCUCUCAACUGCCACAACCGACAAUGAUGAAACGAUUGAAACCUCUUCCAAAACCAGCCUUAUUGGAUACUUCCGAGUUGUUUUACAAGACUGUGAUGGGUGAUGAUGUGAUUCAAUUUUAUAAUAACAACAAAUCACCAAGAUCACCACAAACAUCAUCAUUACCAUCACCACUACAUGAAUUAUUUCAUCAACAUGUAUGGAUGACCUCCUCCUCGAGUACGAGUCCUCGUAAUUCUUCACUUUGGUAUCACAUUUCCUAUUCAGAUUUAAAAUUAAUUUCCUAUGAACUUGUAUUAGUAUUAUCCAAUGCACUUAUUGAAUAUCAUACCAUUCAUAAUAAUCGAAACUCUUUUGAUACUGUAUUGAAUGUCGUGAGAAAAUAUUGUGGAAUUUCCAAAAAUGAUCAUUUCAAUAUGGUUAAGAGAGUCAUUUCUGGAAAUUCUUCAAAUCAUCCUCUACUUUCAAUUCUUUCAUCAUUUAACACUGUUGAUUGUGUUGAGUAUUAUCAAGUAUUAACAAAAUUGAAAUCUUCACAGACAGAAUCAAAUCCUGAACAAAAAUCAUUUCUCUAUCUUUGGAAAUUAAUUGGUAAUAAUUUAAAAAAUAGUGAAUAUUUAAAUGUAUUGAAAAUCUAUGCACAAGUAUUUUAUAAUGUAUUACUUUCAAUGAUUUUUAUGAAAUUUAAUCCAACUCGUAAAAAGGAAACUAUUACUACCACAAAUAAUAAUAAUACUAUUAAUAAUAAUAAUAACACUAUUACUACUGCCACUAUUAAUAAUAAUAAUAAUACUACUACUUCUAAUAAUAAUACUAUUAAUACCACCACCACCACCACCACCACUACAUUCCAAAUGAAAUUGAAAAAUCAAAUCUAUUCCAAUUUUCAUUCUCUCCAAUCCUUACUUUUCAAUGAAUUUGAAUUAAUCAUGAAAUGUGAAGAACAUCAACAUGCCAUUCAAAUCUACACUCGACUAAAUUCAGAUCUUGUCAUGCCAAUACUAGAAACUUUAAAUCCUAGUAAUGGUAGUAUUAAAACGACUGCUAUUACUAAUAAUACUCCCACAAUGACCUCUUUAUUACCCUCCUCCUAUUCAUUUCCUAUCAAUAUUCAAUUAUAUUCUCAACUUUCAGAUACUCGAGUAUUAAAUCUUUUAAAAUUACUUAAAAAUAAUCAAUUAGAAAUUCCAGAAUAUUUUGAAGAUAUCAUGAAUGAUGAUACAAAUUAUGAUGAAUCUUUUGAACAAGUGAUUGAACACGAUGCAGUCACAAUGGCAUUGAAACCCAUUCGACAAACAUUAAACAUUUCUGAAACUAUGGAUACUUUGUGUUUCAUUGAUUCUAUAUUUAGAAUGGAACAGAAUUGUAGUACAGAUACUGAUCUAAUGUUACAAUGUGAUCGAUUGUUAUUACUACUCUUUCAAUACUAUAUUAAGAAGAGAAAUGUUAUUUCUAAUUAUACCAAAUAUAGUGAAGAAGAGAAAGUGUAUUAUGAUCAUGUAUUUGGAACGAUGAGACAAGUCUUGGGACUUAAUUUAUUAGAUUUUACUUCUAGUUAUAGUAUUGAUCAUGAAAUAUUUACUAGUCAUCUCAAAUUAUUUAGAUAUAUUUGUUAUAUCAUGAUGAAGAAUGAUUUCACACUCACACAUCCAUCCAUGAAUUUAAUAUUUGAAAGUAUAACCAAAUCAUCCAUUCGAAAACAAUAUGAAAGAAUUAAACAACAAGAAUGUACACAUGUAGCAUUUACAAAGAGUAGUAGUGGUACGAGUGGUGUUGUUGUUGUUGUUGUUGGUGGUGGUGGUGGUGGUAGUCCUCUCGCCUACAAUUAUCGUAUGACAAUAACACCAUCAACACCACCAACACCAGAGAAAACAAUGAAUGCCAGCAAUCAUUUAAAUACAACCACCAUUACCACCACUACUACCAAUUUGAAUACAACGACCACCACUAUUGAUACCAAUUCAAAUACAACCAUUUCCACUCCUACUACUACCCCCACUACUCUAAAUGAUUCAAAAUUAGACAUUGAUGAACCUACUACUACUAUCAUGAAUGAUUCAAAAGAUAUUGACACACAAAAUCUCAUCAUUUGCAAUCAAUUUAUCAAAUUUGGAAAAGAAUUACUCUCAGAAUUAACCUAUCAACAAUCUACAUUAUUUUCAUCACUUUCCAAUUACUAUGAAGGUGCAUUUAUUGAAUCACUUUAUAUGACUUUUACAUUUUAUAUGAAAGAUUUACAAUCCAUUCUCUCAAAUUAUUUAUUUCCUACAAAGACAACAAUUGAUGAUCACUCUAAUAAUGACACCAUGAAGAAUCAUUAUCAUUUAUUUAACAUAUUUUCUGUAUUACAAUCUUUUUUUAAUGUUAUUUAA